CUUCCUAGCGUAGCGUCGAAGUCUUUGCCUUUUUGCAAUCAUGAAUACUCCUGAAUUUGAAAAGGAAUCCGACUAUGGAUUCAUAUACAAGGUCUCCGGACCUUUGGUAAUUGCCGAUGGAAUGAGCGGAGCUGCCAUGUACGAACUCGUUCGUGUGGGUCACUCCAAGCUUGUCGGAGAGAUCAUUAAGCUUGAAGGAGAUACCGCCUCCAUUCAGGUCUACGAAGACACUUCUGGUUUGACGGUGGGAGAUCCCGUCCUGCGUAAGAAAGCACCUCUUUCUGUGGAACUCGGACCCGGUAUUAUGGAGACCAUUUUCGACGGUAUCCAGCGUCCUUUGGAAACGAUUUUCGUCGAAAGCAAGGAUAUCUUUGUCAGCAAGGGUGUGGAUGUUCCUUGUCUGUCUCGCAAAAUUCAGUGGGCCUUCACCCCAGGUGACUUCAAAGAGGGCCAGCCCAUUUCUGGAGGUGACGUUAUUGGGAUUGUGUACGAGAACGAACUGAUCGAUUCGCACAAGAUUAUCUGUCCUCCCAACGUAUAUGGUACAGUGAGCAAAAUCAAUUCCACUGGAACGGACGGAAAGGAAACUUUUAACGUUGAUGAUGUUGUCAUGGAGGUAUACAACGAAGCCCAAAACAAGACCCACAAGUUGACCUUGAGCCAUUUCUGGCCCGUGCGUCGUCCUCGUCCCAUUGUAGAGAAGCUCCCUGGUAACGUCCCUCUGAUUACUGGUCUUCGCGUUAUUGAUGGUCUUUUCCCCUCUGUGCUUGGAGGAACUUGCGCCGUCCCUGGUGCCUUUGGAUGCGGAAAGACAGUCAUUAGUCAGUCUCUCUCGAAAUUCUCCAACUCGGAUGCUAUUGUUUACGUUGGUUGUGGUGAACGUGGAAACGAGAUGGCGGAAGUGUUGUGCGAUUUCCCUGAACUUACCUUGACUCGGAAGGACGAAGACGGUUCGGAAAGAGAAGUUGGAAUCAUGAAGCGUACCACUUUGGUUGCCAACACCUCCAACAUGCCCGUCGCUGCCCGCGAGGCUUCUAUUUAUACCGGUAUUACUCUUGCCGAAUAUUUCCGUGAUCAAGGUAUGAAUGUUUCCAUGAUGGCUGACUCUACAUCUCGCUGGGCCGAGGCACUUCGUGAGAUUUCCGGUCGUCUGGGAGAGAUGCCUGCCGAUUCCGGAUACCCCGCUUAUUUGGGAGCUCGUCUUGCAGCUUUCUACGAACGUGCUGGACGUGUAUCCUGUCUGGGAUCUCCCACCCGCGAGGGUACCGUUACCGUUGUCGGAGCUGUGUCUCCGCCCGGUGGAGAUUUCUCCGAUCCUGUCACGGCGGCGACACUGUCGAUCGUGCAAGUCUUUUGGGGUCUCGAUAAGAAGCUAGCCCAGCGCAAGCAUUUCCCCAGUCUCAACUGGCUUAUUUCGUACACAAAGUACAUGCAAGUCCUCGAGCCCUACUUUAACAAUAUGGACGAUCAAUAUUCGUACCUGCGAAACCAGGCGCGAAAUAUUCUCCAGCAGGAAGACAACUUGUCUGAAAUUGUGCAGCUUGUCGGAAAGGAAUCCUUGUCAGAAGAUCAAAAGGUUGUCAUGGAGGUCGCUAAGCUCAUUCGUGAGGACUUUCUGGCCCAAAAUGCUUUCACAGAUUACGAUUUCACUUGUCCUCUUGCCAAGACUGUUGGCAUGUUGAAGGUGAUCAUCACCUUUUACGAUCUCUGUCAGAAGGCAAUUGCUGAUUCUCCAUCGGAUGCCAAGCUCACGUACGCGCACAUCAAAACUGCUUUGGCCCCUGUCAUCCAAAAGGUUGUAGACACCAAGUACGUCGACCCCAAGGCUCAUGCGGAAGACAUUAACAAAAGCUACAGCGUCGUUUUGGACGAGAUGAAGCGGGAAUUCCAAACUUUGACGGACGGAAUUUAAUCGACACGUCCUACAAUCCAUGGAAAGAAAGCGCGCGCGCACACACGCAACAGUGUUAGUCCUGCAGUAUAACUUGAAGAAAAAAGCUUAAUGAGUAACUACAGUAGUGUUACUGGCU